CCUGCACUGUACUCUAGUUCCUGUUGUUGCAUUUCCCCUGGCGCCUAAAACAUAUAACAAACGCACCGCGUCAACCACACAGACGCAACCCAAGGUUUCCACCCACGAGCCCAUUCCCCAAGCCCAACUCGCCUGGCGCCACGCUUUGGUGCCCCGUCUCACCGGGCUUGGUUUGGAUCGCACCGCAGCGGCUUGGGGGGAGCGCCAACGAAAGGCAGAGCCUUUUUUAGAUUGGUUCGAAAUUCGAAACGAGAGCCACGAAAGGUCGCCGCCUCCGUACAGUAGCUUAGUAGCAGAAACGGCUCCAUCGCCGCUGCAGCGCGACCAUUGACAGCAGCAGCAACAACAGCAGCAGUAGAGGAGCACUGGCAGGCGUCGUAGGGGGGACGCUUAGUAGUAGUCGUCACGCCCACCUGCAGCGGAACGUUCUUAUUAAGCGUCAGUAGCCCCAUUCCAUGAACACAACCCUAAUUUCUCCGCUAACCACCUAGAGACCGACCGCCGCAACGACGCUCCCCUCGUUUCCUCUGUCGUCCUCGGUCAUUUUCGUAGUAGCACGCGGACCGAGAGAACGGCGCGGUAUCCCCGACUGUGCAACAAGAAGCCGCUGAUAGAGCAGAGGCUUCAGACUGCUUAUUGUAGAUCGCCCUUUCGUCCUCUCCAAGGGGGUGCCUCUCCCUUGCCCUCCCGUUCUUCUCUCUCCUGCCGGCCACGACAACCCUAGCCGACUCCGAUUUCGCACCACUGGUUCGCCCUCCCUUCAGCUCUACCUCUUGUGUGCGAAGACGCCGUCGUCGCACGUUUCGCACAGUGGCCGUUUCGAUUGAAACGCACGUGCACGCCGUCCGCCAAUCAUGAUAGUCGCACGCGACACCGCUCGCCGUCGCACGCGUCGCAGAGGAGGGGUCCGUACGACCGCGUCCGUCGCCUCGGUGCUCCUGUCUCUUCUUAUCGCCGCCUGCCUCGCUCCGUCGACUGUCUCCAUUCGCAAUGCCCGGCCCUCUUCCGCCUCCGCCUCCGCCUCCGCCUCCGCCUCCGCCGCGCUCUACAUCGUGCACCUUCGCUCCGCCCCCCCCAUCGUGUCCUACAGCGGCGGCAUUCCUGGCUUCCCCGCCAUCGCUCCCCCCCAGCCCUCCGAAGGAGAAGGAGGAGGAGGAGAAGAAGACACGGAGUUAACAGGGGGUGAAUCUUCACAAACUGCUGCUGCUGAUCCCGUGAAUGCCGGAGGAGCAGCAGGAGCAGCAGGAGCAGCAGGAGCAGCAGGAGCAGCAGGAGCAGCAGGAGCAGCAGGAGCAGCAGGAGCAGCAGGAGCAGCAGGAGCAGCAGGAGCAGCAGGAGCAGCAGGAGCAGCAGGAGCAGCAGGAGCAGCAGGAGCGUUAGCAGCAGCGGCAGGAGGAGGAGGAAGAGGACGGGGCGUGAGUGCUCUUGGUGGGAAGCGGCGGCAGUGGCGGGUGAAUCCGCGUCUGCCGCACGUGCGUGCGUUCAAGCGCAUGCUGCAGCGGCAGCAGCAGGUGGUGGCGGCUCAUGUAGGGCUCAGCGCUAACAACUUGGUUUACAGCUACUCCUUUGCAGGCAACUCCUUCGCAGCAGUGCUCUCCCCGAAGCAGGUGUGGCGGCUGCGGCGCCACUCAGCAGUGGCGGCAGUGCAGCGUAGCUCGGAGGUGCGCGCGCUCACCACUGCCACGCCCAGCUUUCUUCAGCUGCCCGAGAGUCUCUGGGCCGCGGCGGGCGGGGAGGGCAGCGCCGGGGAGGGCGUGGUGGUGGGGGUCAUUGACACGGGUAUCUGGCCGGAACACAAGUCGUUUGCUAAUGAUACGUCCGCACCCUACGGCCCGCCGCCCGCCUCCUUCCAUGGCUCUUGCCCCACCGCCUCCGACUUCCCCGCCUCGGCCUGUUCUGGCAAGCUCGUGGGCGGCAGCAGCUUCCGGGCGGCGCUGGAGGCGGGCGGCACGAAGAUCGACUGGACGCGCGAGUAUGCGUCACCCAGGGAUGCUGUGGGACACGGCACGUGGUGCGCGGGAGCCGCAGCAGGCAACGCCAACACAGCAGCCCAGGUCUCCUCCACUCAGUCCCUCGGCCGUGCGAGCGGCAUGGCCCCCCGUGCACGCAUCGCCAUGUACAAGGUCCUCUGGCGGGUGGCGGGGGGAUUCGACUCGGGCAACUACGCCGACCUCUUUGCAGCCGUCGAUCGGGCUGUAUCCGACGGUGUGGAUGUGCUGAGCCUCUCCCUGGGCGGGUACAACCCCACUGCCACGUACUUCGACGACCUGCCAUUCCUCAGAGCGUUUGAGGCGGGCAUUUUGGUUGUCUUUGCAGCGGGCAAUGGCGGUGCGCCUUCCUACACCCGCACCAUCUGCAACUUCUCGCCCUUCUACAUCACCGUGGGGGCCAGCACCAUCAGUCGCUCUGUCUCUUUCUCCGGUGUAUCCUUCACCAAGACACUGUCACAUGCAUCAACAGUCACGCCCACCGUCAACACCAGCAGUGCCACCACCACUAGUAACUUCAAUGAUUCAGUAUCAGUAUCACCAUCACCAUCACCAUCACUACCAAACAACCUUUCUUCCCCCUCCCCCUCCACCUCAACCUCCCUCUCCACCACCCCGCCCUCCCCGCCCUCCCCCUCCUCCCUCGCCCCGCCCUACGUGGCCGAUUUCUCCUCCACCGGUCCACUCUCCCUCUCCUCGCGGCCGCGCAACGGCCGCCCAACCAAUGACAUCCUCAAGCCCGACAUCAUCGCCCCGGGGGUCAACCUCUGGUCUGCGGCCCCCUCUACCCGAAGGCUCGCGUCCCCGUCCACCUCGCUCUUCUCCCAGCUUUCGGGCACCUCCAUGGCUACGCCUCACAUUGCCGGGAUCGCUGCGCUGCUUAUACAGAGGUACCCCUCCUGGAGUGUGGGACAGAUUAUGUCUGCGAUUACAACCACUGCGCGGGCUACCAGUAGUACCGGGAGGCCGAUAGUAAGUUGGUCCGGGAAACGGGCGAAUCCGUGGCAAAUGGGAGCUGGACACGUAGAUCCUGUCAGGCUGCUGAAUCCCGGGCUGACGUACGAUCUCCGGGUGGCCGAUUUUAGGAAUUUUCUGGCCGGGCAGAAUCUGGGAAUGGCGGCAUCGGCUUACCCCGGGGAACGGCUGUACCCCAUACAAGCAGCUCGGUUAAACCGGCCGAGUAUUUCCGUGACACGGUUUUCUGGUUUCGUGGUGGUGCGGCGAAGAGUAACCAAUGUUGCAGCAACCGCAUCGACCUACCGGGCUAUUGUGAAGAGCCCACCAUUUGUCUAUACCAAGGUGUCGCCUCAAAGAUUUCGCAUCCUGCCCGGGCGGACGGCCACCUACUCCGUGACCUUCAUAUCGCCCCCGGGUUUAACUUUCAAUAAGUUUCUGUUCGGUAGCCUGACUUGGAAGGACGAGCUGGGGCACUCCGUUAGGUCCCCCAUUGUCUUAAGAACUACUCUGUUUUCAUAGAGAUGGGUCCAAAAUCUUGGACCCUUGGAAAUGCAUUUGUGCUGUGUUGCGUUACCCAUUGUAUUGUAAUGUAGCCACCUGGCCCCCA